CUGCUUGAUGAUGAUGCUUUCUCUAGUAGCAUUUUUAGGACUAGUCUUUUAUCUUCGUAUCUUUUUACUUUAGAAAAAGGCCGUAUGUUGUGGCAUUUCCGUUCAGGCCACCCCAACUUCAAUAUAUGAAAUACUUAUUUCCCCAUCUUUCUGCUAAAGUUGAUAUUUCUACCUUGUCUUGUGAUGUGUACUCGGGCUAAACAGCAUCAAGUCUCCUUUUCCUCACAACUAUAUAGCCAACCCAACCUUUCACUCUUAUCCAUAGUGAUGUUGGGGGACAGUCCAAGGUCACUACCUCCUCUAGCAAACGGUGAUUUAUUAUCUUCAUUGAUGACCACACCGCCUUACUUGGGUUUUCAUUAUGUUCGACAAAUCCAAAGUCACCUGCACAUUAUGGAACUUCUAUCACACCGUAGAAAUGCAAUUCAAUACAAAGAUUGCAAUCCUACACAGUUAUAAUGGUUGCUAGUUUCAAAACCACACCCUUCAUGAGUUUUGUCCUCUAAGGGAAUUGCCCACUAGAGUUCCUGUGCUUACACUCCUCAUCAAAAUUGGGUUGUUGAGAGAAAGAACCGUCACCUUUUGGAAGUUGGCCGUUCACUUAUGUUAUCUACUUUCCUUCCUUCUUAUCUAUGAGGCAAUGUUGUUCUCAUUGCAGCUCAUCUCAUCAACCGAAUGCCUUCUCGUAUCCUACACCUCCAAACCCCCUUCGAAUUUCUCAAAGAAUUAUAUCCCUCCACUCGUCUCAUUUCUGAUGUCCCCCUUCAGGUGUUCGGAUGCAUAACCUAUGUUCAUAGCCAUGGUCCUAACCAAAUUGAAUUCACCUCUCAGGCUCAAUCUUGCGUGUUUGUUGGAUACUUUUUGCACCAUAGGCUAUAAAUGCUUUCGCCCAUCCUCACGUAAAUACUUUGUCUCCAUGUCACCUUUCUUGAGGAUUGUUCCUUAUUUUUUGUUAGCCUACUUCAAGGGAAGAGUGUGUGCAGAGUCUAACUAUGUGGUUCCUUAGAGUCUACUUAUCCUACUCCGGUUACCUUGCCUGACCCAAAUUCUAACACUACAGUCCUACCUAUAGACCAAGUUCCCGAGAAAACCUACUAUAUGAGAAAUCUCAGAAAGGAAGUUGGGUCUCCUGCUGUUCAGCCGACUCCGGUUCAGGAUUCCAAACCUUUACGAUAUCAAGGUUCAGUGUUCUGCAUAUGUUGAGUACUUGGGUCAGUUUACAUCAGAACGAUUCUCAGAGGACAUUGCUGAGCUGAUUCGGAUCCGUUUCCAAUCGAAGGAAAAACGCCUGUUUGAUGAUGUUUUAGCUUUGUUUGUUCUUCAUCAUCCCGAGAAUGGGCAUGCUAUUAUUCUUCCAAUAAUUUCUUGUAUAUUUGAUGGCGCCCUGGAAUAUAACAGAAAUGAUCCUCCAUUUGCCUCUUUUAUAUCCUUAUUCUGCCCGGGCAUUGAGAACGACUAUUCUGAACAAUGGGCCCUUGCAUGUGGGGAGAUUCUGCGAAUCUUGACUCAUUACAAUCGCCCGAUAUACAAGAUGGAACGAAAAAAUGGUGAAACAGAAAGAAGCAGUAGUGGCAGCCGUGCCACGACAAGUGACACCGAUGAUAGGGAACUUGUUGGAGUGCCUCAGCAACAAGAGAGGAAACCUGUACGACCUUUGUCCCCCUGGAUUACUGAUAUAUUGCUUGCUGCACCAUUGGGCAUCAGAAGUGACUAUUUCCGCUGGUGCAGUGGUGUAAUGGGUAAAUAUGCUGCUGGAGAACUCAGGCCACCCACAUCAGCUUCUUCUCGUGGAUCUGGAAAACACCCUCAGCUUAUUCCAUCAACUCCAAGGUGGGCUGUUGCAAAUGGUGCUGGAGUCAUAUUAAGUGUUUGUGAUGAAGAAGUUGCCCGGUAUGAGACUGCAACUCUUACGGCAGCUGCUGUUCCUGCGCUUCUUCUUCCUCCCCCCACAACAGCUUUGGAUGAACAUUUAGUUGCAGGGCUACCAGCUCUUGAGCCAUAUGCACGCUUAUUUCAUAGGUAUUAUGCCAUUGCUACUCCAAGUGCCACCCAAAGGCUUCUUCUUGGACUCUUAGAAGCACCUCCAUCUUGGGCUCCAGAUGCACUUGAUGCAGCUGUACAGCUUGUAGAACUCCUUCGAGCUGCUGAAGAGUAUGCAACUGGCAUUAGGCUUCCUAGGAACUGGAUGCAUUUACAUUUCUUGCGUGCCAUUGGCACUGCAAUGUCCAUGAGAGCUGGAAUUUCUGCUGAUGCUGCAGCAGCCUUGCUUUUCCGCAUACUAUCACAACCAGCGUUGCUUUUUCCACCACUACGACAAGUUGAGGAAACUGACGUUCAGUGUGAAUCUUUGGGUGGCUAUGAUUCAUCAUACAGGGAACAGAUUGAAGUGUCUGCAGCGGAAGCUACAAUUGAUGCUACUGCACAAGGAAUUGCGUCCAUGCUUUGUGCACAUGGUCCUGAAGUUGAGUGGAGAAUUUGUACAAUCUGGGAAGCUGCUUAUGGCUUGAUUCCAUUAAGUUCCGAUUUAGUUGACCUCCCUGACAUCAUAGUUGCAACACCGUUGCAGCCUCCCAUAUUAUCAUGGAAUUUGUACAUUCCUCUCCUUAAGGUUCUUGAAUAUCUUCCACGAGGUAGCCCGUCUGAAGCAUGUCUUGUGAAGAUAUUUGUUGCUACUGUGGAAUCAAUUCUUCAAAGAACAUAUCCUUCUGAGUCUUCCAGAGAACAAUCUAGGAAAACAAGAUACUUUUCCAGUCUUGGUUCUGCUUCUAAAAAUCUUGCCGUCACGGAGCUUCGGUCCAUGGUCCAUGCUCUUUUCUUAGAAUCGUGUGCUUCUGUGGAACUUGCUUCACGCCUACUUUUUGUUGUAUUGACUGUUUGUGUUAGUCAUGAAGCUCAACUCAAUGGGAGCAAGAAAUUGAGACGUUCACAAAGUAAUCUUCUGGAUGAAAGGAUUGAGGACUUGCAAGCAGUACCUGAGAACCAUACAGGAUUAAGGAGAAAGACUAAAAAGCAAGGUCCUGUUUCUGCAUUUGAUUCUUAUGUGCUGGCUGCUGUUUGUGCUCUUGCCUGUGAGGUCCAAUUAUUUCCCUUUACUGCUAGGGGAAGUGAUCAUUUAAACACUAGAGAUUUACAGGAUGUAAUUAAAUUGGUCAAAGUAAAUGGUACUUCAACCGAGCUUCAAAACAGUGUUGGCUCAGCAGUAUGCCACACUCACCGAAUUUUGGCCAUCUUGGAAGCACUUUUUUCUUUAAAGCCAUCUUCUGUGGGAACUUCAUGGAGUUAUAGUUCAAACGAGAUAGUUGCUGCAGCAAUGGUUGCAGCUCAUGUUUCAGAACUCUUUAGACGAUCAAGGGCUUGCAUGCAUGCUCUCUCUAUCCUGAUGCGAUGCAAGUGGGACGAUGAAAUUUACAACAGGGCAUCAUCAUUGUACAACCUAAUAGAUAUUCACAGCAAAGCAGUUGCUUCCAUUGUUAAUGAGGCUGAACCUUUAGAGGCACAUUUAAUACAAGUACCGAAAUGGAAGGAAUCUCUCAUUGGGUUAAACGGAAAAAGACAAAUUCAAUACGAAGAUGGUACCUGCUUUUAUCCUGGACAAUCAUCUAUCCAAAAUUGUGAUAAUUCAUCCUAUUCAGAAACUAAACUUGUGUUUGAGCGAGCAUCAAAUUCAGAUGAGGAGUUGGGUAGCACUUCAGUGAAAGGAUUAGCAAGCUUCUCAAUAGAUGCUUCAGAUUUGGCCAACUUACUCACAAUGAAUAGACAUAUAGGAUUCAGCUGUUGUGCACAAGUUCCGUUAAGAUCAGUGCUUGCUGAGAAACAAGCAUUAUGUUUUUCUGUUAUUUCUCUACUGUGGCACAAGUUGAUUUCCGCACCUGAAACUCAACCUAGUGUGGAGAGCACUUCGGCCCAGCAAGGAUGGAGGCAGGUGGUUGAUGCAUUAUGCAACGUGGUAUCAGCAUCCCCAGCUAAAGCGGCAACAGCAAUUGUUCUUCAGGCCGAGCGGGAGUUGCAACCAUGGAUUGCAAAAGAUGAUGAUCAAGGUCAGAAGAUGUGGAGAAUCAACCAGCGGAUCAUCAAAUUGAUAGUUGAGCUCAUGAGAAAUCAUGAUACUCCAGAAUCACUAGUCAUAUUGGCGAGUGCCUCAGAUCUCCUGUUGCGUGCCACAGAUGGGAUGCUUGUAGAUGGAGAAGCAUGUACUUUGCCACAACUAGAGCUAUUGGAAGUGACUGCUAGAGCAGUUAAGCCUGUACUGGAGUGGGGAGAAUCUGGACUUUCCAUUGCUGACGGCCUUUCCAAUCUAUUAAAGUGUCGUCUAUCGGCUACUGUUCGAUGUCUUUCUCAUCCAAGUGCACAUGUUCGAGCUCUUAGCACAUCAGUUCUUCGUGAUAUUCUGCACACCAGUUUGAUAAAGUCUAAUUCAAAAUCGGUUAACGUAAAUGGCAUCUAUCCCUCUUAUCAGUAUUUCAGUUCAGGUAUCAUUGAUUGGAAAGCAGAUAUUGAGAAAUGCUUGGGAUGGGAAGUUCGUAGUCAACUUGCAACUGGACAAUCAACUCAGUUUCUUCAAGCUGCUGCCAAGGAAUUAAGCUGCUCUAUUUCCCUAUGACAUCCGUGUAAGCAUAGGUUUGUCAGUUAAUGUAAUGACACGGAAUUAUACGAGUUUGCAGAGACCAUUCAUGUUACAUUUCUUAUAUGAUACCAUAGAUUAUAAUGAUCCAAUAAUUCCUUGUUUGGUCCUGUAUACACAUUCUCUCACCAAGAUGGUUGUGUAUAGUGAGACAAUUAGACUUUUCAUAGGACCUAGAGGGCUUAUAGUGAAGUGUUCAAUUAGUUUUAGGUGUUUGCUAGUUCUCAUGUACUUUCCAUAGCAUCAAACUCAAGUACAUGUUGUUUGGAACUAAUUAACAUAGAUAAGUUUCUCUGAUGUAAUUUAUUUUAUCUCCUCCAUAUCCUUUCAUUCCAA